CUUCAAUGCUAUUACGUGCCAACAUAUUUUGUCUCUCUCAGUAUUGACGUGCCGAAUUUGUUAUCAUCAUCAUUAAAUACACCACGCGCCUGCGCAGUGGCGCGCCGUUCUGCUAGUUUUGGCGGUCUGCUGCUUGUCUCCUGGUGCUCAGCUUUGUUCCUCGUACUUUUGUUUUUAGUUAUUUCCAGUAUUUUCCUUUUUCUGUCCGUUGUGCAUUGUGUUUUUUUACCGGACUCCGCAAGGAUGGAGCGCGAGCUACAAGUGCUUCUGCUACGAAAGAAGGUAGCGUUGCUACGAUUAAUGCGAGAAAAGAGGAACCGGAGCGAGCGGACCUGUUGGGUUCGCCCGAUUUUUCUCAAAAGGAAGGAGGAAGGGCUCUACCACACUGCCAUGAAGCUGAUGAGACAAGGAGACCACCAGUUCUUCAAGAAGUUUUAUCGGAUGAGCCCAGCUACCUUCGACAUGCUGCAUGAGCUGGUGCAGGCAGAUUUGCAGCGCAUGCACUGCAUACGUGAGCCUCUGGCAUCGGAAGAGCGACUUGCCAUCACUCUGAGCUACCUUGCAUCCGGUCAAGAUGUGAAGGACGUGGCCUUGGCGUACAGGGUCGGGCUGGAAACAGCUCGGCUGGCUGUUCACGAGACCUGCCGCGCCCUCUGGGCCAGACUGUGCCCCAUUUACAUGAAGCCCCCCACGGAGGCUGAAUGGGUCGAAGUGGGAAACGGCUUCUCGCGGAGGUGGCAGUUCCCGAACUGCCUUGGAGCAGUGGACGGGAAGCAUGUUGCGAUAACCUGCCCCAAGGACUCUGGCAGCACCUAUUACAACUACAAGCACACCUUCUCCAUAGUGCUGAUGGCGGUCGUCGACAGUGGCUACCGCUUCAUUUUAAUCGACGUUGGGGCCGAGGGACGGCAGAGCGAUGGGGGAGUCUUUAAGGCGUCCGAUUUUGGGCAAGCCCUCGAGAACGGCACCCUCAACCUCCCCGACCUGGGCAAGCUCCCCCGGUGCCAGGAUCCUCGACUGGCCCCUCACGUCUUCGUCGGGGACGAAGCGUUUCAGCUGAGGCCCGAUUUUCUGCGGCCAUAUCCCGCCAAGGACCUGACCGGGGAGAAGCGGGUAUUCAACUACAGGCUCAGCCGAGGAAGAAGGUGCGCUGAAAAUGCCUUCGGCAUAAUGGCGGCUCGGUGGAGGAUCCUGUUGCGAACAAUCAACCUGAUUCCACAAAAUGUGGAUUACGUCGUCAAGGCCACGUGCGUGUUGCAUAACUACCUCCUGGAACACCGCGAGCAUCCCGAAGGCUAUGCAGAUAAGGACGAUUGUUUCGGGAACACCACAGAAGGGUCUUGGAGAGCGGAAACGUCGGAGGCUUCGAAGAAGCUGCUCUUCUCGAUGCAGCCGACGUUUUCUCGCAACUUCUCAGAUGAGGCUGGGGCAGCUAGAGAAGUAUACACCCACUACUUCUCUAGUCCACCAGGGGAGGUUAAGUGGCAGUGGAAGUUGCCUGGCGUAGACAAAGGAAAAAUCCAAAGAGGUCUCGUGCAGAAAGGUGCAAUGAUGAAGUAAAGCCAUGUUCCAGAUUUGGUGAAAGAAUCGUUAAGAGCUCCAGUGAUGAAAUUGGCAUUCAACCUUUUGUAGCAGGUUCUGUAGCAGACUUUUUUCCUUGCCUCCUACUUUCCUGAUUAAUAACUAAGCAAUAAACUUUUUCUUUUUUGCUUUGCUUAUUAUUGUGCAGGUUUGGCAAAAUUCUUAGCAAAAAUGUCACUGCAGCGCAAGAUGUAGCAGACUUUUGAUUAUGGUGCAAAAGGGCGCAGCACUUUCAUCACUGGAACUCUUUCGAAGUCUUAACUGGAAUGGCUCAUUAAACCUGCACAUUUUUUUGUUGUAAUGCUCUGCCCAAGUUUUGUCGAGUAUAGUUGACACCAGGCAGAUUCCACUGUGCAAGCAUCGACGCAAAUCUUGUUUUACAACUGUUUUAGCUAGUGAUUGACGAUUUUGGUGUGCUCAGCAUUGU